UUAUAUAAAAUUAUAUAAAAAGUAUCCGUUGAAAAGUAUCCGACACAUAUCCCAUACCAUUGUCCGAGUGACGGGUGUCCGACACGGGUAUUUGAUUUGUUUUGAAAAGUUUGUGUAACAUAGCUCUUCAUACCAAAUCAUGCCAUACCUUCAUGAAAUUUUUUUUAAAAAUAAAAUAAAAAUAAAAUAACUUGAAAUCAUUUUAACAUGUCGUUCUAAGGAGAAGUGAGAAAAUCCCUACCUCUUUGAAGCUUUAAACACUUAGAAAUGGAGGCAAGAAGUAGAAAAUGAAUGAUGCGCCAAACACUCAAGUUGUUCUUCCAAAUGAUCUUCAACUCCAAGCUUCAAGCGGUGUACUUGGAUACGCGAGUGUCUCUCCUCAGCUUCAGUCUUAGUUCUUGUAAACGGUUCUACCUCCUCCAAAUUUGUCAUGAUCAAAGGCCUCCGACAAGGGAACCCUCUCUCCCCCUUUCUCUUCUUGAUUGUGGCCGAAGGACUUAAUUGUCUUCUUGAUUUAGGGUGUUGCUGUUGGUACUAAUAGGUUGGUAAUCUCACCUCCAAUUUGCCAAUUACACAUUGCUGUUUGCAUCUGCUGAUUUGGAGGAGCUCAAUCAAGUCAAGAACAUCCUAAUCAGUUUUGAGCUAAUGUCUGGGUUAAAAGUAAACUUUAACAAUAGCCCCAUUUGUGGAAUUGGAGUUGAAAAUAGUUUCAUGCAUUAGGCCUCAGAGCUUCUUGGCUGUAAAAUUGCGAAUCUUCCACUAGCCUACAUAGGCCUUCCAAUUGGAGUCAAUCAAAGGUCAGUCUUGGUGUGGCAACCAAUUAGCAAUAGAUUCAAGUGUCUCGUUUAUCCUCUUGGAAGCAGAAGUAUCUAUCCUUGGAAGGACGAUUAACUAUGCUUAAUGCAUCUCUUGCCAACGUUCCAAUCUAUUUUAUGUCUCUUUAUAAGAUGCCAGUCAGCGUUUGUUCUGAACAUGAAAAAUUACAGAGAAAGUUCCUUUGGGGUGGGUGUGGCGAAAAAAGAGGAAUUCACCUUGCAAGUUGGAAAGCUAUAACUAUGGAGAAGGUUUGGCGGCUCGCUGUUCAAUCUCUAAAGUUAAAAAAUGAUGCCUUGCAUGCAAAAUGGUGGCGGCGUUAUGGUUCUGAAAAGCAUGCACUCUGAAGAAAAGUGAUAGUUAAUAAAUUUGAAGUCAAGAGCCAAUAGUUGGUUCCCCUAUGAUAUGCAAGCAUCUUCCUUCUCUAAGAUUUGGAAUGAAAUCUGUGAGGUUGGUUGGGGAGGUGACGGAUUUAGUGACUUCCUCUUGAAUAAUCUGGUUUUGAAGCUUGGUUCAGGAAUCGACAUAUUCUUUUGGUCUGAUGUAUGGAUCUUAACUAGACCUCUUUCUCAGGCUUUCCGCAGAUUGUUCUCCAUUUCCACCAAGAAAGAUAAUACGGUUGCUGAAAUCUUCUCACACUCUAGUGAGUGAGCAAUUUGGAAUCUACAAUUUAGACGUCAUCUUUGCCUUUGGGAAUAUGAUCUCUUGAGGGAUCUUCUUCACUUACUCUUAGGUGUCAUGCCACUCCAUCGUCAAAAUGACUCCCUCCAUUGUUUGGCUGACAAACAUGGUCUAUUUACUCUUAAACCUCUUAUCUCUCAUUGCCAUCUAGCUCUUGGCGAGGACAGCAACAACUGCAAACUUUUAUGGCGAAGUAUUGCCCCUCCCAAAGUAAAAUCCAUGGAAAGGAAGGGCAAAGGCCGUCAGAAGAUCGCGAUGACAAGAAUGUCAAAUGAAAGCAACCGAAUGGUUACCUUCUCAAAGCGUCGUUCUGGGCUAUUCAAGAAGGCAAGCGAACUCUGCACCCUAUGUGGUGCUGAAAUUGCUAUCAUCGUUUUCUCUCCUGGCAAAAAGGCCUUCUCUUUUGGCCACCCUUGUGUUGACACUGUUGUAGAUUGUUUUCUCUCUCGAAACUCUCUACCCAAUUCAAGCUCGCUCCAACUUGUCAAGGCUCGCUGCAAUGCAAAUGUUAGCAAGCUCAACUUGCAACUUACUGAAGCACUUGAUAUGUUGGAAGCAGAGAAGAAAAGAGGUGAAGAGCUUAACAAGAUGAGGAAAGCUAGCCGAGACAAGUGUUGGUGGGAAGCACCGGUUAGCGAGCUUGGACUUCAGCAACUCGAGCAAUUGAAGGUUGCAAUGGAGGAUCUAAAGAAGAAUGUUGCGAAGCAAAGCGAGAAGAUUCAGAUGGAGGAAUCGAACCCCUCGAGGUUUUUUGAAGCUGGGUCAAGUUCCAUGGGAGGGCGUGUUGGAGGUACUUCUGAUGGUGUUAAGGUUUCAGGGCUACGUCUGUCCAUGACUCCACAUGGAUAUACCCUCGACUACGGACAUGGAUUUUUUUGAUAUUUUGUCGUUUGUUGCUACGAAGAACUUGCAUGUUUGCUUAUGAUUUUGGGUUUAAUUUGUUGGAAUUUUAAUAAAAAUAAAAUUAAUUAUUGCUAUUUAAUUUG